GACUUUAACAAAUAUGGAGUCAGUGUAUAUAUUGUAUACAAGAAAGUCCUUUAUCUCUCCCUAAAAAACUGCAGGUUCUAUCUACUGUACGUCUCUCUGUUCUUUAUCUUCUGUAAAUGACGCAUUCCCAUGGCGGCUACUCCUAAUUUUCUCUUAUUUUUCUCCCCUUUUUCUCCACCUUACUGUCACAUUCAUCAUCAUCAACAACAACAAUCACUGUUAUCUCCUUUCAUACUUUUCUUCUUCACUUUCUCUUUUUGUUCUCUCACCAUUCUCAUUGUUUCCCUUUACUCUAAACUCACUAAGAACAAGAAAAUUAACAACAACAACACCCAUCAACAGUUAAUUAAAGUUAAUGAAGAUAAGGAGCAAUCGGAGCAGAAAUCUGACCCGACCCAUUUAACCCAUUUGACCCAUUCGGUUCUUCUUGAGAUCUUACCUUCUAAUUCACCUAAAUGGGCGAAAUUGUUUGCUAAUGAAUUGGGUGAUGACCCGGGUGAGAUUGAAUCGGGCUGCGAUGCGGGUGACAAGGAUAAGGAGAAGACGAAGAAGAAGAAACGGGUCAAGAAGAAACGACCCGAUUCGAAUAGUGAAGAGGAAGGGAAGAAGGAUACUGGGGUUGUGAAGGAGAAGGAGGAAUUGGUGUGUUUAUACCCUUUUACGAAGUCGUCGAGUGCUACUCAGAGGAAAAUUAAGCAGCAUUAUGAUGAGCUUGUUAGGUCUCAUGAGUCUAAUGGAUUGACUUUGGCUCAGGUUGGUCAAUUUGUUAAUUGCUUGGUUGAAGCAAGGAAUGAGCUACAGCACAAGUCUGAGGUUAUUCAACGAAGAUUCACAAUAACAAAGGCCUUACUCUUUAAGGCUGACAGAUCUUCCUUUGUUCGCCUAAGGCAGCAGAUAUACAAGCUAGAAUUAGAACAGAAGCGAUUGGAAGAGGAUGCUUUUGUAUAUAAUUGGCUGCAGCAACAGCUGAAGCUUUCGCCAGCAUACAAGAAGAUGCUUGAAAUUGGUGCGGACAUGGAAAUGAAAGCAAAAUCCUCUGAAUUAAUCGAAAACACAGAAGCUGAGUUGCCUGAUAUCUCGUUUGAAGAGUUGUUAGCACAAGAAAAGAAAGAUGCUUUUUGGCAGAGGAACGGGAGAACGAAAACGCACUCCGGCUGAGGAUUUAUUUAUUAGCUUUAGUUGGUGAAUUUUGACCAAUGGCAGUAUGUACAUCUUGAUACCAAAGUCAUACCUACUACAGGAAUUUUUUUUUCAUUAGGUGCCUGUUGUUUCUUGGGUUGAUUUUGGACCGAAUAAUAGCCACAUUUAACAUUGUGGUUUUUGAGGGUCUAUCUAUAUAUGCUAACGACAGUUAUAGCUGA